AUAGUAGUUCUAUUCUGCGCCAUUAUUGAAAUUACAAUUGGCAGGAUUUGCUGUCGUUUUUGCGUGGCAACGGAUAAGUGCGAAGAUUAUCUAUCAACCGUUGAUCCGGCAGCACUGACUCGCGACUAGGCUGAUAAUCGAAAAAGACACGAGUGAACGAGUGUGGAUGGAAAAUCUUUUCAUCAAUUUAGCAAGUUCUUAGUGCGUUGAUUAGAGAUAAAGAUUGGGCGAACAUUUAGGAAUCUUUCGGUGCGCUUUUACUAAAGUGGAAGAAGAAGAAGUGCGAGUCGUAGAAGGAGAAAUUUUUUGCAGCAGCUGCACGCAUACACAUUAACGGGUGAGCAGUAUUACACAAUACAACGAAACUACCGUGCGGAUUUUCUUGCUGACGACCAACGUGUUGUGUUUUGCGGGAGAGUAGUUGAUUCGUCAUUCAGGAGGUCAGAUAUAACAUCGAGAAGCAAGGAAUAUCAAAGGCAACGAUGCACAUCAACAAUCCGGACGCACUUAAGGCCUGGUUAACUGAGGUCUUGGAACCGCUAUGUGAUGCAGACCCCGCAGCGCUGGCUAGAUACGUGCUAGCCUUGCUGAAGAAGGAUAAACCGGAAAAAGAUUUACGCGAUUGCAUGAAGGAACAGCUGGAUGUGUUCCUAGGGCAGGAAACUGAACCGUUUUUAGAGCGACUGUUUCGUUCUAUCAAAAGUGAAGAAUACAUCAAAAUUGCACAGGCUAAAGAGGCCGCAGCAGCGGCUGCAGCGGCAGCAAGUGCACAACAGCAGUCUUUGGUGAAUCAAGCACAGCAAACCCCAAUUACGACAGAAGAUGCUAAAGUACGCAUUAAGCGAGAAUUUACGCCGCCUUUACACGAAAAUCACAUCAGCAGCAGUAACAGUACCAGUACCAGCACCAACAAUACCAAGGCCCCCAAAGAUGCCCCGGUGGGAAAUGUUCCCUCUGGAGAGAAGCUGAGAGAUACUGUCAACAAUGCACCGGUGGACAACAGCAGUGAAUUGUCCAGCAGUGCCAGCAGUGGAGUGUUGUCCAUUUCUGCCGCCACCACCAGCCUAAUUUCAACUCCAAAUACCACCACCACCAGCAGCGGCGGCGGCAAACCGCUGGUCAAAAGUUCUAGCAGCAAAGAUGAUCAUAGCAAAGAGAGCCGAAACCGAGGCCGCCGAAUAUCGAAUCGAUCCCGAUCCCGUUCCCGCUCUCGAUCUCGCUCGUUUGAGCGAUCUCGGGAAUCGAGACGUUCCCGUUCUAGAGAUCGUCUUCCGGCACGAGAUUUGGUCCGGGAAUCGGCGCGAGAAUCUGCUAGAGAAAAGUCCAACCGUCAGUAUCGGAACAAGUCGCCGGUUGGUCGCGGUAGUGGCAGCGGCAGUGAUUCAUUCCGACGCUAUGAACGUAAAAGUCACGCUUACGAGAGCCGUCGUGGAGGUGCAGGGAACGCUGGCGGUACUGGCAGUGGUAGCGGAAGUGGCAGCGGAGCGAGGGUUGUUAAUAAAAGCCUGUCGGGUAGUCGAUCACCAUCACCUAAUGCUGAACGUAGAAAGAUCGCACGUUCAGAAUCACCCGCACCGACCGCAGCAGCGAUUGUUGUGCCACCAGUAACUACCAUGGAACAUACACCGGCAGUUGAUGCAUCAUUGCUAGGUGCAAAACGGCAACGGUGCCGUGAUUUCGAUGAAAAAGGUUAUUGUAUGCGAGGUGAGACUUGCCCUUGGGAUCACGGAGUAGAUCCAGUUGUUCUAGAAGACAUCAACAAUCCGGCGUUGAUUACAAUUCAGUCAGCGGCGCAGAUGCGCACUGGUCCAAUCCACCCCGAAUAUAGUCCGGACGCUCCAGAAUUAUGGAAUAGACCACCAGUUUUCCCUGCAGGACGCCCGUCGAUUGCGCAACGUUUGGGUAACAUUUCUGGUGUUGGCGUCGGAGGAGGUUUUGGUCCGCGAGGCUCACUAAGUGGGAAUUUCAGGGGUGUAGCGCCCGGAGGUUUUCCAACAGGAUUCCCCGGAAACCCGAUUGGCGCAACUCCUCUACAAAGAGAGCUAAUCUCGGUACCGGUUGUGGAUGCCAAUAAAGGAGGCGAUGUAUCGGCCCAGCAACCAAAGCGAAGGUUUGAGCCUGAAGAUGCUGUAGCCAUAGCUGAUGGACACGUAAAACGCAAAAUUCCGCUAAACAAUCGCCUAGGACCUAGAGUUCCUGGAGGUCAUCAAAUGAUUGGAACGGGAGUAGGAGCCGUGAAUCCACAACAAAAUUGUUCCCUUGAAUUGCGUAAAAUCCCACGAGGCCUAAACGCGAUUGCUCACCUGAACAAUCAUUUCAGUAAAUUUGGGAAAAUUGUCAACAUUCAGAUUAGCUAUGAUGGCGAUCCAGAAGCUGCAAUUGUGACAUUCUCUACUCACGUCGAGGCAAACGUGGCCUAUCGCAGCACCGAAGCAGUGCUCAAUAAUCGCUUUAUCAAAGUGUUUUGGCACAGUCCUGGAAUUGGAUCUGAGCAACCAGCAAUUACGCCGGCGGCCAAAACGGAGCAUUCAUUGCGCAGAUCCUAUCCGAAUCAGUACAGCAUCAAUAAUCUAACGAACCCGAUAACAAGCAGCAAUAGUGUAUCAAUAGCAGCAACUACCCCCACGAUUACUACUCCAGCAACUGCAAAGGACACACCAGCUGUUGUUGGUAGUGAGGGAGAAAAUGCUGCAGGCGCCGCCAUUACAGCCGCUCCAGUCGUAACGUCAAAUACAUACACCGGCACUGCUACUAAGCUGAUCAAUACAGUAACGACUCCGUUGGUUUCAAUUGGUAACGCGCAUCAAUUACGGAUGAAGAACUCUAAGAUUAACCGGGCAACAAGCGACCUUUACAAGAAAACACAAGAGAUCACUCAAAGCCUGCAGAAGCGGAAAAGCGAUUUGCUGCAGGGUUAUCUUAAGGAGUUGCGCUCGAUGGUUGGGAUGUAUGAAAAAACUGACGCUCAUGAUCCUUGCCGCGUUAAGCUUCUAGCUACUAUUAAAGAAUUAGAGGCAAAAAUUGACGCUCUGAAGAAAGAAAUUUCCAUCGAGCAAAAUCAAAUUGUUGCUCAAAUGUUGCCAAAGCGUAAAACUAAGGAACAACAGAAAAAAGACAUGCUAGAUGCUGAACUAGACAUGAUCGCCCAAGAGCAGCGUACCAAUCGGUCCCCUGGGACAGGGCCGGCACCCUCGCCGAUGGUCGUUAACAACAAGCCACCAGUGUACAAUCCGCAAGCAAUUCGUGCGGGACGUCCGAACAACAACCGAGUUGCUCCAGUUGGUUCAACCAGCGUUGAUAGACGGCCAACGACACUCGCUAUUACCGGGUUCGCUCUAGAAGAUGCUGAUGCUUUGUUAGGACAUUUUAAACAUUUCGGCGAAAUCACUAAACACCAGUUGGACAACACGGUUCCAUCGCUGAUGAUAAGUUAUUCUAUACGACAGAACGCCGAAAAGGCACUGGUCCGAGGCAAAGUUUUUCGGGACAUCACUCUUCAAAUUAGUUGGGCUGCUGUAAACAACACGGUACCUUCUUCGGUAACUGUCGGAACCGGGGUGACUGUUGUUGGCGAUGAUGGUAAAAGCAAACCGGUGAUGGGAGCCACGGCAGCCGUUCAGGACAAGUCAGUCGGAAACUUGGAUGAUUCCGAGAAAAUAGAUGGAGCGGGUUCUACGCUUACCGGUACCGGAGUGGAUGCCAGUUCCGUAGCAUCCUUGGACAAUCUGACGGAAACGGGCUCGAUGGAAGAAACAUCCGAAGUGCGACUAGUUGAAGAGGAAGAAGAGGAAGAGGAUAUGGAGUCCGAGGACCGCUCCUGGCGCCGUUGAUAAUUUUCAAUUGUCGUUAUAGUUUGCGAUUGCCAACAGAUUAGAAAGCAGCAGAAGCGAACUAAAUACAAAUUAGAGAGAGCCAUCACCCGAUUCGUAGUUCACAAAAAAAUGAAUUUUCCUUUCAUUGAAACUUUUGUAAUUGCGUUUUUAGUGGAUUUGUUUUCAAUUUAUUCUUCAAAAUGUAGGUUUAAGAAUUUUUCAAUCCCAGACAUGUUUUUUUCUUUUUUUUUUUGUUAUCUACCUUUUUAGUCGACAGUUUUGUAAUAUUUUGAAUUUGUUGAAGCAGUUUGAUAAAUAAGAAACCCAAAGCGAAAAAAUAACUUCUGAAACAAACCGGUCCAGCGUCAUUCGUACGACCUUUUAUUUAAAAUUGAGGUUUUAGGCUAAAUCGCAUUAGUCGUAUAAAAUGUUCUUUUUACUCAAAAAAAAAGUUGACUGACGGAUAGUUGCGUUGUUGCAAAUUGGCACUGAAAUUCGAUUGUUUGAUACGAUAAAAGCAUGUUUCGAAACGAACACUAAUCAAAUGCUUUUACAUACACCAUGAAAAAAAAGUAAAAUGAUGAUAGUUUUAUUGAGUAAAGUCUAGUAAUUGAGCUAUGUAAUAUCUAAUUAUAAAUAUAUUCAAAUCUAUAAACUUAUAGAUGUAAAAGCUAGUGUUGGUAAAAACAAAACUAAUAAACCCUAAGUGUACAUACAGUGAUUUGUAAUCCUAACAACUUGCUGCGCGAAAUUGUUGAGGUACAGUCUUAAUAUAUAUAAAGUAUCGCAGUAAGAACAAAGCGUUGGGAAUGUCUCAAAGUAGACACUAAUCCUGAGUCAUCCAUCGCACCGAAAGCUGUUGAACGAACGUGACUUCUUGCUGCUACAAAGGAUUCUGUGAACAUCUGCUUUUCUGUGUUUUUGCUUUUUGUUUCGUAUUUCUUUACAGGUGGAGCAAACAGGACCAUCGACUUCAAAGCUGUUUUCACAUAUCCACACUGGCAUUAGUUUUGUUAAACUUUAGACUAAAUGUUAUCUUUAUAGUAAGCGAACUCUUCCUGUAUUGUACUAAACAUGAUUAAAAAUAUGCAACACAAAAAAUAAGUUAAAAUAGUUGCCGAUAAAGUAUUGCGAAAAAUGGCUAAAAAACAAAAAAAGCAAAAUUUCACAGCUAUCAAUAAAACAGUGACAAGAAGAUUUACGAGUGACAAAUGAAUAAAAAAUAAAGCUUGAUUUCAAAAGAGAAAAAAACGAAACUCGUAAACAGAGUUCAA